AAAACCCUAACUACACUGCCCACAACCCUGAGUGAGAGUCGAAGCCGGAAACUGCGCAAACCGUAUCUCCCACUUCGACCACCGCUCCUCGCCGCAACCGCCGCCGCUUCGACCACCAUCAGUUGUAGAAUGGAGUCAAAUCAGGCAUCUUCUACCAUGGAAGUUGAGACUGUCCCAUCUGAGGCCAAACCUUUGCCACCAAAGCCGAAGUUUGAGCCUUUGAAGCCUCAUGAAAUGUCUGAUGGUCAGAUUCAGUUCCGCAAGGUGAAUGUUCCACCUCAUCGAUAUACCCCUCUUAAGAAAGCUUGGAUGGAUAUCUAUACUCCAAUAUAUGAACAGAUGAAAAUCGAUGUCCGCAUGAAUUUGAAGGCUCGUAGGGUUGAGCUGAAGACAAGACAUGAUACACCUGAUAUCAGUAACCUGCAGAAAUGUGCUGAUUUUGUCCAUGCUUUCAUGCUGGGUUUUGAUGUCAUUGAUGCCAUUGCUCUUCUGCGUUUGGAUGAGCUUUACAUCGAGUCCUUUGAGAUCAAGGAUGUUAAAACACUUCGAGGUGAUCACUUGUCUCGUGCUAUUGGAAGGUUAUCUGGUAAAGGUGGUAAAACAAAGUUUGCUAUUGAGAAUGCGUCAAAGACAAGAAUUGUGAUUGCUGACACCAAAAUUCACAUAUUGGGUUCUUUUGCUAACAUAAAGAUUGCCAGGGAUUCUCUUUGUAGCCUGAUCCUGGGAUCACCAGCAGGAAAGGUAUAUUCAAAACUAAGAGCAGUUACUGCCAGAUUGGCAGAAAGGUUUUGAUCUUCUCCUAAUCAUGAAAAUGCAGGAACAUUUUUCUGUUCCUAUAGGUUUCUCUAUAAUUUUUAUCUGAUCAAGUCUGAUGAGAAUGAAGUAUUGUGAGGAAGUUGCUUCGUUUCAUUCAAUUCAGCCAUUUGUUAAGUUUGAAUCAAAGUUGUGAGUGUAAGAGCAACGCUGUGAAAGUUAAGUUUUGCCCGUGACAUCAAUACAUUAGUAUAGAUUAGAGUUAUUUAUAAAUGUUGUUGAUUGUUAAAAAAAAAGGUAAAAUUUUGUCUCUGAAUGUGCCCCCUUCAUCAUCAAGGAUCAAUAGACGAUCAAUUAUUAGUACUCUUCUA